AUGUGUGCCUCCCUCACUAAAGACUCGACGGAACCUGAAUCAAGAAAUGUAGAAAGUUAUCGCAGUGACGACGGGUGCCAUCCACCAACGGAAUGCGACACCUCUUCUUCCACUUCGGGAAAGAACCAGACUGAAAUCGCGAACCCCAAUGAUUCCGUCGUCAAAGCAGACUACUUUGUUUCAGCUAGCGUUAACAAGCAGGUUACGAUAGUUGUGGUCUACGAGUCACUCUGCCCCUAUAGCAGAGACUUCGUUUACGCACAGUUGCUGCCGACCUACUCCAAGCUCUUUCCCUACAUCAUGCUCACCAUGCUGCCCUUCGGCAAGGCGCUCGUCAGAAAUGAAACCGACGGUAAGGGUCACAACGUUACCAUGAUCUCCUGUCACCACGGCCCAAGCGAAUGCAUAGGAAACCAAAUCGAAACCUGUAUGCUGAGAGUUGUCAAGACAACCUUGGUUGCCGUCCGAAUCGUCGCUUGCAUGUCCCAUUACUUAUCUCCCCACCUCGCUGGACAGGGAUGCGUCGAAGCCAACGGCGUCCAAUGGAGCCUUAUAGAAGCCUGCGUCAAGCAACACGGUGAUGAGUACGAGCUCCAGGUUGCCAGAGCGACGUGGUCUUACCAGAGUGUGGUGACUCGUGUUCCUCUGGUCAUCAUUGACGGGGACAAGGGCAGCUAUGUCAACAGUGAAGCACAAAAAGACAUGAUGGGCCUGACGUGUAAUCGGAUCGUAGAAGAUGGUAACAAGGAACCCAAGCCUUGCGCCUUAGAACGCCGCCGACGUCGACGCCGAAGACGUUAA